CCCACAGCUCCACAGAAAUGGCACCAACCUUUGCAGACUGCUUUGAUUACUCUACAAAAAAAGAGGUUCGCAUACAAAGUGUUCCCCUUGGGGUCCUGAAAUGCUGCAUUACCUUUGGUGUGAUUGUGUUUGUGUGUUUCAGUCUCAUCACACAGAAGAGCUACCAGAAAAAGGAUUCUGUAAUCAGUUCAGUUCACACAAAAGUGAAAGGCUUUGCAAAUGCUUAUUCCAGGAUCUGGGACACGGCAGAAUAUACAGUCCCAUCCCCUGGAGGUGACUCAUUUUUUGUUGUAACAAACAUAGUUAAAACAGAAAAUCAAAGGCAAGAUAACUGCUCAGAGCUUCCAUCGCAAAAAACAAUUUGCUCUCGUGAUGAUGUUUGUAAAAAAGGCCUUGCAGACCCACAAAGUAAUGGGAUUCAAACUGGGCGAUGUAUAAACUUUAACAGUACUUUAAAGACUUGUGAGGUGUCAGCCUGGUGCCCUGUGGAAUCACAGACCACUCCAGUUCCUGCUGUUUUGGAAAGUGCUGAAAACUUCACUGUCCUAAUAAAGAACAAUAUACACUUUGCAGCCUUCAAUUUCACAAAGAAAAAUAUUCUACCAAAAUAUAAUGUGUCGUGCAUUUAUGACCGAGUCAAAGCCCCACUCUGUCCCAUAUUUCGUUUAGGAGACAUUUUAAGGGAAGCUGGAGAGAACUUUUCCCAAGUAGCAGUGCUGGGUGGAGUUAUAGGAAUUGAAAUCAACUGGGACUGUGAUCUUGACUCCUUGAGAUACAAAUGUGAACCUCAUUAUAGUUUCCGGCGAUUGAAUAAUAAAGUUGUUGAUGAACGCUUGUACCCUGGAUUAAACUUUAGAUUUGCAAGACACUACAAAACUUCAGAUGGAAAAGACACAAGGACACUAAUAAAGGCAUACGGGAUUCGAUUUGACAUUCAAGUCUAUGGCACAGGUGGUAAAUUUAGUCUGUUUGAACUAGCGAUAUUUAUUGGAUCCUGCCUAUCUUACUUUGGAUGUGCAUCACUUGCAAUUGAUUUCAUUAUUGGCCUUUACAAACCCUGUUGCUGUAAUGCAAAGUCUGUUCUGAAAUACUAUAAUGACAGAAAGUAUGAAAUGGUCCCUGGACCCGCUGUUCCACUUUGCUUUUCAAAGUCACAACUAAAAUUUGUGUCAUUUGCGGAUGAAGAAGAUAUUUUGAUGGUGGACAACAAUUUAAAGGACAGCCUGCAGUUUGCCUCAGGCCGAUACAUUCAGAGAGAAAGGUUUGCAUACACAGAAGCCAACUGUAAGGAUUCUCACAAGCAAAAUGAAAGUGAAAUGAGGCUGAUUAAAGGGAGCUCUACCACGUUACCUCCAGCCUGGUGCAAGUGUAACAAGUGCAUUGAUGUAACACAGCCUGAGGAGCAGUUGUGCUGCAGACUCGGAGAAGGCCAAUGUAUUACAGACACUAAAAUCUUUAACUAUUUGGUUUUAAACAAAGAAGCCCUGGAGUACGCUUUCCAGUAUGACAAUCCUUUAUCGAAAACACCAGAGAGCGAAGAUCUAAAAUGUUACGCUAAGCAAAAAUAUAUUGAGUGGCGUUUUAGAUGCAGAAGGUACAUGUUAGAUUUUGCAGUGAUCCCUAGCUGUUGUAAAAAUGCAAUAGAAACUUGCAAUCUGCAAACACAACACCCAUCUGGAGCCCUGUACCUACCUCCAACUCACGGCAUGUGUUAGAUACAGGCUGUCCUUGCACCAGUGACUACUACAGUCUGUGCCUUAAUUGCACACGCAGUACAAAGAUGGCAGCCAUAAGCUUUGCAGUUAGUUCCUCGGGCUGGUGCUUUUUUUUCACAUUUUCAACUUACUUUGUAUUAGUUUUUACAAUACAUGUAAACCAUAAUAAUUACACAGCUUAUUUUAUCAAUAUCUCCAGAGAGAAAAGUAAAAUAUCAUAACCUAACAAAUACAAAUUUCAAACGGUAGCUCCCAAACCAAAAAAAGAAACAAAAAACAAAACCUCAGACACAUCACACCUAACUAAAGAGUAUCAAGACCAGAAAUGUUCUUCCAUAUUUUUAAGCUUCCUGUAUGAAUCUUCU